AUCCAAUUAAAUUCGUAAAUCUCUCGUUUCACUAAUUAUAUAAUUAGAUCGAUUCACACAAAUCGCAAGUUCCGUUUUCCACUCGGUGGAAAAUAUUCUCUGGUCCAGAGUGAAUUGGAGAACCCCGGCAGCUCCUAUCGGGUCAGAUCUCCAACAUGGCAACCCCCGCGAUCGACGAUAAAUUGGCGAAGCAGAAGGAGAUUGACGAUUGGCUUCCUAUAACAUCCUCAAGGAAUGCGAAAUGGUGGUACUCGACUUUCCACAAUGUUACUGCCAUGGUCGGAGCCGGUGUCCUCAGUCUCCCUUACGCCCUGUCCGAGCUUGGAUGGGGUCCCGGCGUGGUCAUACUGGUCCUCUCAUGGAUCAUAACCCUGUACACGCUGUGGCAGAUGGUGGAGAUGCACGAGAUGGUUCCCGGGAAGAGGUUCGACAGGUACCACGAGCUCGGGCAGCAUGCGUUCGGGGAGAAGCUUGGACUGUACAUCGUGGUGCCGCAGCAGCUCAUUGUCGAGAUCGGGGUGUGCAUAGUCUAUAUGGUCACGGGAGGGAAGUCUAUUAAGAAGGUCGUUGACGUAAUCACUGAGGGCGACAACCCCAUCAAGCUUACCUAUUUCAUCAUGAUGUUCGGUGGCGUUCACUUUUUCUUGGUGCUCUUGCCCAACUUCAACUCCAUCUCUGGCAUCUCGGUGGCCGCAGCCGUCAUGUCUUUGAGCUACUCUACUAUAGCGUGGGUGGCCUCGCUUCACAAGGGUGUGCAGGACGGCGUAGAGUAUGGCUCAAAGUCAAAAAACACGUCGGGAGCCGUCUUCGGAUUCUUCACUGCUCUUGGCGAUGUGGCAUUUGCAUAUGCAGGCCACAAUGUCGUGCUGGAGAUCCAGGCCACCAUCCCAUCCACGCCGGAGAAGCCCUCGAAGGGCCCCAUGUGGAAAGGUGUGAUCUUCGCCUACAUCGUUGUGGCCUUGUGCUACUUCCCCGUCGCGCUGAUCGGAUACUGGAUAUUCGGGAACAAAGUCGAAGAUAACAUCCUCAUAUCACUGGAGAAGCCCGGGUGGCUCAUCGUUGCAGCAAACAUCUUCGUUUUCAUCCACGUUGUUGGCAGUUAUCAGAUUUACGCGAUGCCAGUCUUCGACAUGUUGGAGACUGUUUUGGUAAAGAAGCUCCAUUUCAAGCCCACAAAAAUACUCCGUUAUUCAACCCGGCUCUUAUAUGUUGCUUUUACAAUGUUUGUGGGGAUGACCUUCCCUUUCUUUGGAGGCCUUCUGGGAUUCUUUGGAGGAUUUGUUUUUGCUCCGACCACAUACUUUCUGCCCUGCGUCAUGUGGCUUGCUAUCUACAAACCAAAGAGGUUUGGUUUCUCUUGGUGGGCCAAUUGGAUCUGCAUCAUUGUGGGAAUCUUGCUGAUGAUUCUGGCCCCGAUUGGAGCGUUACGGUCGAUCAUACUUUCAGCAAAGAACUACCAAUUCUACUCAUGAUUCAGCGGUAGCACGAAAUAUGUUAUAUAAGUUGUUACAGUUUCUUAUCUGCAUAGUUUGUUUAAUCCCCCAAGACACGGAAUGAAUUGCCUUUGAAUUUCGAACCAUUAAUAGUACUAUUCGAAUUACCUUAGCAAUAAGAUUCAUGUAUUCUGUCUGCUCUGUUUAUAUAAGAUUCAUUUGUCUCA